UUCACAUCACAUUGCAGAGGCAGGAAACGAAUUCAUUUAAAACAUUUCAAAUCAUUUAAUCAAUAUUUCCAAGUGUAUUCUGCUGACAUGGCAAUGCAGAUUUUGCAUUAAACUGGCGAGAUGAGGCCCCUGAAAGACGCCCAGCUGGGAGCCUUCACCUUCUUUGCCUCAGCUCUUCCUCAUGAUGUCUGUGGGAGCAAUGGCCUCCCUCUCACCCCAAACUCCAUCAAGAUCCUGGGACGUUUCCAAAUCCUUAAAACCGUCACUCAUCCCAGACUCUGCCAAUAUGUGGACAUCUCCAGAGGAAAACACGAAAGACUGAUUGUUGUUGCUGAACACUUUGAAAGCAGUUUAAGUGAUUUCCAAAAACAGGGGAAAAAAGCCAGCUCAGAGAAAGUAAUGCAGGUAGCCUAUGAGCUCCUUGAAGGUCUGGACUUUAUGAACAAACAUGGCAUGGUGCACAGAGCCCUCAGCGCACACAAUGUGCUCAUGGACUGCAAGGGGAAUGUCAAGCUGGCAAAGUUUGGCCUUUAUCACAUGACUGAUCAUGGAGCCGAUGUGGAUUUUCCCAUUGGGUACCCAUCAUACCUCGCUCCAGAGGUGAUCGCUCAAGGCUCUUUCCACCCCAGCGACUCCUCCCAUGAUGAAGCUCCUCUGCCUUCAGGACCCAAGACUGAUGUCUGGUCUCUUGGGGUUUUGCUGUUUGAAUUAUGUGCAGGUCGGCGACUGCUGCAGAAUAUUGAGAUCAGUGAGAGGUUGAAAUUCAUUCUGACCUUGGGUUGCAUGGACGACAUUGUCACCGUCCUUGCUGAGGAACACGGCUGUCUGGAUGCCAUUAAGGAGCUGCCUGAGAAUGUUCUUGAGUUAUUAAGGAAGUGCUUGACAUUUCUUCCAUCCAAAAGGCCGACCCCUGCAGAGCUGCUGGGAGACCCUGUUUUUAAUGGCGUCUCCUGCCUCUAUACGCCCUUCAAGAAGCCUGUUAGUCUCUUCUCUUCUUCCCUCCGCUGUGCACAUCUGGAGCUUCCAGACGACAUCAGUGACCUUUGCAAAGACGAUGAUGAGGACUACCUGUCGGAGCGUGCCAUAAAUGAGGUGUACCAUCUGUGGUGUCUGGCGGGGGGGGACCUGGAGAAGGAGCUGACCAACAAAGGGAUCAUACAAUCCAAACCUCCAAUCUGCACUCUCGCAAACUUUGUCCUGGAAGACGGGGAGUCGUUUGGACAGAGAAGGGAUCGGAGUUUCUUGCUUGAUGACACAACAGUGACACUGUCUCUGUGCCAACUAGGAAACAGACUGAGGGAUGUAGCAGGAGAAGCCUAUUACCCUCUACUGGAAGACGAACAGUCAAGUCUGCCCCAGUCCAACAGCAGCAAUGAGCUGUCGACCACCGUCAAGCUCCCACUUAUCAUCCGAGAGAGAGACACCGAGUACCAGCUCAUCCGCAUCAUCCUCUUUGACAGGCUGCUCAAGGCGUAUCCUUACAAGAAGAACUUGGUGUGGAAAGAGGCCAGAGUGGAUAUCCCCCCUCUUGUUCGGGGUCUGGUGUGGGCAGCACUGCUGGCUAUUGAGGGUGACAUUCAAGCCAAAUAUGAGAGCACUGACAAGGAUACCCCGAUCCCAACUGACAGACAGAUAGAGGUGGAUAUCCCGCGCUGCCACCAGUACGAUGAGCUGCUGUCGUCUCCGCAGGGUCACAUCAAGUUCAGGCGUGUGUUGAAAGCCUGGGUGGUCUCUCACCCCGACCUGGUCUACUGGCAGGGUCAGUAUCUGCUGUUUCACUGA